AUGUCCGAUUCCAACACCCUUCGCCUCCCACUCCCACCACCGGAAUAUUCCACUGCGAACGACCCACUCAAGAACCUCUCUGUGAUCCAAUCCCGUGUUGACUCACUGAGUCAAAUCCUAUCCAACUCAAUCAGCACCAAUACACCCCUCCCAAAAGCCGACUCCGAUAAUGUCACCGCCGAGUUAAUCUCCGCCGUGCAUCACAUCAUCAUCAACGGCGCAGCUUUGAUCGCAUCUUCCUCCUCAUCCAACGGUCCCGGAAGCGUCACAAAAUCAGGCGGUGAUGAAGAUAUCCAGAUCAUAGAACUAGACGUGGAAGAUAUUACAUCGGAUAACUCCCAUACGUGCAAAUUCUGCGGAAAGGGAUUCAAACGAGAUGCUAACUUACGGAUGCACAUGCGCGCACAUGGCGAUCAAUUCAAGACCCUGGAAUCACUCUCAAACCCUAAAAACAUCAAAUACUCCGACAAUCAGGGCCGGAAAACGAGGUUUUCGUGUCCGUAUAUCGGGUGCAAUCGAAACAAAAAUCAUGAAAAUUUCCGAUCGCUGAAAUCGGCGAUUUGUGUGAAGAAUCACUUCAAGCGAUUCCAUUGUCCGAAGAUGUUUUCGUGUAAUCGAUGUAACAAGAAGAGUUUCUCUGUUUUAUCUGAUUUGAAGAGUCAUAUGAAAAAUUGUGUUGAAGAUUUGAAGAAAUGGGAGUAUUGUUCAUGUGGGUUGAAAUUUGGGAGCCAAGAUGAACUGUUUGGACAUUUAAGUAUGUGUGAAGGACAUAUGCCUCAAAAUAGUAAUUUUGAUAGUGGUUUUGAUGAAUUUGGAUUGAUUAGGGAUGAAAAUCAAGAAAUGAGUUUAUGGUCUUCAAUUGAGGAUAUAGCUCAUCUUUUAUGA